GUUUACACUCUUGACUUGACUCCACAGGUUUCUGUAUCGUUUAACUUUACAGUGGGCUUGAUUUUAUUACGGGAUUGAUGUUCGGCCUCGCAGACUGGGAAAAAAAAAGUGCCGUGGCUUCUUAAUAAAUAAAACGCCGAUCUGUUGACAGAAAAGAUGCCUCAAGGAAAGGUGAACAAGACUCGAGAUACAACAGCCUGCGGCAGCCCCCUGGCAGCCAGUUCACCUAUACGCACAAACCAGAAGAAGCCGGACUUGGACUCUUGUGUUCAAAACUCCAAAUCCUCUCUGAAUGCGAUGUUCCAAAUAACAAAGCACAAAAUCAAAGCCUUUGCAAACUUCAUUCCGCAUGUUCGAAACAUUGCCGGGGACAAGGAGUUCUGCAGUUUCGAUACUAUAGAGGAUGACUGUAUGAGUAUACGUGAUUGUGUCAUUAAAGCGUUCAAAACUGGAUCCAUAGAAAAUGGACAUAGCAUAGGCCAGUCUAAUCGGAAUUCAAUAAAUGAGAUGCCACCUCCAAGAACAGUAGUGCCCAAAAAGAAAAUGACCCGAGGAAGGUCUGCUGUACCUAAAAUAAACAAAAUGUCAACUCGAAAGCUUAGAAGUUCUAGAAGUUUAUCAAAUGAUAAAAAAUUAUCAUCAAAUACAUUUGAAACACCGGCAAGAAAUCAGACACCGUACCGUGUGGCGGCUGUCACGCCGAGUAUAAAGUGUCAAACUCCUGGACCGAUUUAUAGAAAGCCAAUAAUGGGAGAACAGGUCAUUUCAAUGUCAGGAAGCCCGCUGAUGGUACCCCUCUACUCUGAUACCGAGGAGCCUCAGUUACACAUCCCACUAUUGGAUGGAAGGGUUUUUGCAGUCAUGCCACAAGAGAAUUUAGAAAAUGUCCCAAAUUUUACCAAUAUCGAUCCUGUUACAAUAGAGAAGCUUAAAAGGCUUCAUCAAUUUCUCCAGGAAAAAGUGCUGAAAUAAAUUUUACAAUAUAAUUGUAAGCAAUGACUGUACCUAGAUUGAAACAAUUUCCAUCAAAAACUUUUAUAUGUCUGCAUUUAUCCCAACUUGUAAAACUUGUUUUUUUUUUUGUUUUUUUUAAUUUAUUUGAUUUAUUGGAUCCAAUAAAUACAAAAAUCCCCCUUAGUUAAUCCGACCAAAAAAUGUCGUUUUUUUUUUGUUGGGAUAAUUAAGUUUGUGUUAGGAUAAAUGUAGUGAUUAGUGACCGUUAGUCGUUGAUUAUUCAGAAAUUGUGAUAUGUGGUCUGGUGUGACG